UCACAGACCUCGUACUCGAGGGGUCAGGUCACUUAGCCAAUAUCUAUCUUAAUUAUUGGUAUUGUCACUAUUUAACAAAACAUUCAUUAACUUAUCGAGUUUAGUGUAGUUAAUAUAAUAUUUAUUCCAGCCUGGAUUUGAGUCGGUCAAAAAUUAUGUCCUUCCAGGGAACCAUUUUCCUUUGCCUGAUCUGUUUGGUGGUGAAAACAACUGCCACGGUCACAAAUGAAGACAUUAGAUUGGCGAUUCUCCAGAUGGUAAACGUAGCGAGAAACACCGACGACAAGCUGGAAAGACACGAGUUUAGAGAAAAGCAAUUGGGCGAGCAAUUGAAAAAAGGACUGAUCAACAUUGAUAAACGAAUCAAGCUAUUGGAUCCGCUUAAAGGAGCGGUGAGUAGAAUAGAUGAGCGCCUGGCUGCAGUCGAGACGAUUCUUCUGCAAAAAGACAAAGAAGAUCGGGACCGUCAGCAGCAACAGCAACAAAUCUACGACAUUGUGGUGGAUAUUCAACGGAAACUCCCAACCCUGCUGGACCAAUUGAACCAAGACUUAAGCCAAAAGAUGUUUAUGAGCGCACCACCGGCUGAAAUCACUGAGCCAAUGAUGACGAAGAAGGACUUUUCCUCGAUGGAAAAGGAAGUGGUCGACAAGAUGGAAACAGUGUCUGCUACCAUAAGAAGCGUGGAACAAGAACUGAGCAAAAUCCGCUUGGAGAACUUGAGCAGUAUUAAAGAUAUCAAUAACAAGUCCACGGAGAAUCUGGACAAAGUCAAAAGGCAGUUGGAUAACAGCGAGAGCUUACUGGCGAAGUACGAGAACAAACUGGCUGAGUACAAUAACAGGAUUCCGAAAAUUGUUCCCGACAAUCACAAAGAACAGGACGAAUGGAAAGAAAGCUUUUUAAAAGUUCUCGAUACUCAAAAAACCGAAAUUACCGGUCUUGUAACCGAACUCCGGGUGGUCCAAAAUCAACUAACCCUGUUGCCCAAAAAAUCGGAGAUUGACCCGUUCCAAAACCUCACGCUUGCAAAAUUGGAAGAAAUCAAAGCAAAAAUACCCCAAAACCAACUGCAGCCGCUACAAAGCAUGGAAGCAAUUUUGAAAGACAUGCGGGCUGAAGCUGGUGUGACUCACCAAAGUGUUAAAGGCUCAUUUAACGAACUGACUGAAAUAACGUCCCAUCUAACCGAGAGUUUUUCGAGCAAUUACGAAAACAUUAGGACCGAAAUUCGAAAUCUGGGAAAAAUGGAGCAAGUGAUGAUACAAACCGCGGACAGUGUUUUAGAUACGAAACGUCGCAUGGAGUACGGAGUUCACCAAAUCAUUGCCGAAGUGGACAAGCAGAUGAAGGCAGGAGCAACGGAAAUCACACAAGGAAUUAAUGAGAGAUUUGAAGCCUUUGAACUUUCCAUUCUGGAUGAAGACUAUGGUGCGCUGCACAACUUAACUUCGAAGAUUCAGGAUGAAAUCGGCAGGGUCUGGAGACAGAUUGGAAUUAUGCAUCAGCAGAUGAGCGCCAGCACAGACACGCUGAACAAACUGCAAAAUCAGACUGAUUCCUACGUAAAUGGUUCUUUGAACGUCAUGGAUAGCAUGAGAGGAAAAGUCACUCAGAUCACGGGGCGCAUGCAAGAAGUGGAUGAAAACCUCAACUUCCUACUUGGAAAACUGUCCCUACUGUCUCAGGAGUUUAAUCGGAUUAAAUCGGGCUUGGGUUCCACUUUGGAUGAAAUCCGAUCCAGUUUCCAAAAAGUCCAGGACAAAAUUAAGGACAAAGGGCCUGGCCCGCACAAUAUUUCCAGCAAUGAGAUUGUAGAUGUUACACCCAGUUAGAUUCGAGUCAUUUAAGUAACUCACGUUUCGUUCUACUGUUUUAAGUGUUUUAUCUAUAAAGUGCCAGUUUUAAAACUAACUAGUUAUGUGAGAGCGAAGCUCAAAAAUGCAAAUAUUUUUAAAUAUAAACAUCUAUUGAUAAAUCAAA